CUGUGUUCCCAGAUGGAGAGGAUGCAGGGAGAGGGAGAGGUGGACCACCUGGAGCAACCAAGCCCGCUGACUGACAAGGAGAGGGUGAUGAUCCAGGACUCCUGGACGAAAGUCUACCAGAACUGCGAUGACGUCGGAGUAGCCAUACUAGUCAGGCUGUUUGUGAACUUCCCCUCAUCCAAGCAGUACUUCAGCCAGUUCAAGCACAUCGAGGAGCCGGAGGAGCUGGAGCGGAGCGCCCAGCUUAGGAAGCACGCUCACAGAGUCAUGAAUGCCAUCAAUACACUGGUGGAGAGCCUUGACAACUCAGACAAGGUGGCCUCAGUGCUGAAGCUGGUGGGCAAGGCCCACGCACUGCGACACAAGGUGGAGCCUGUCUACUUCAAGAUCCUGAGUGGUGUGAUACUGGAAGUCCUGGGAGAAGAGUUCCCAGAGGUUGUGACACCAGAGGUGGCCGCGGCGUGGACCAAACUCCUGGCUACGGUCUACUGCAGUAUCACCGCCGUGUAUGAGGAAGUGGGCUGGACUAAGCUCUCAACCUCAACCGGGUGAAGCUUUUAGUCUGGUUUUAUCAGACCGUGCACACCAAGAGACUUUUUUUUUUUUUUUUUUGGCCCGAGCCUCAAAACAGAGAGGAAUCAACUGACUGGAGCCUGGGAAUACAGUUUGAUGUAAUCUAAGAUAAUAAUGGGCUACGGACCAAACCCUUUACAGGAGAGAGCAAAAAGGAAGAAAAUGCAAACAUAAAUCCAACAAUGGAUGAGAGGUCACAUUUGACUUGGAUGUGCCUUCUACUGAAUGUGUAUAUCUAGAAAACUGCCUUGUAAAUACCAUUCUUUCUAAAUAUUGUGAUGUUUUUAUGAUGUUUCCUUUUAUCAGUCUAUAUCCACAUGUGUCCACUUUAUGAGAUAUUAAAAAGACCAAGACAUUUUUACAUUUUUAACAGUUAACUGUGAUGAUUGUAAAUUUUUUUUCAUUACGACUCACCUUUGUAUCUGUAUUCAACCCAAUUUUGAA